AUUCAUCCAUCCGACAUUCAUCCCCACAUUCAAAUCGAAAAUCAAAGUUUCUCACGUGGAAACGACUCAAGAUGACCCCCGCACAGAACCAAGUUUUUGCUCUCCCAGAAAUCGUCGAAAACAUCCUGCUUCAACUUCCACUCCGGGAUUUGCUCGUCAACGCCCAACGAGUAUGUCAUGGCUGGAACGAAGUCACGAAAAGUCCCACUCUUCAACAAGCCCUCUUCUUCGAACCUUCUCCACAGUCACAAACUACGGAUCCAACAUUCAAUCCCCUCCUCCAAGAAGUUUUCAAGCCAUGGUUCACCGCAGAACAACGAAAAAGCAGAUACAAUCGCGGGGAGCAAUUCUUGGCUCUAGACUGGAACAGCAGCGACGCAAAAAGAGAGGCAUAUAGAAAAGAAGAAGCAAGCUGGCGUCGAAUGCUUCCCAUUCAACCGCCCGCUACUGUCUUUCAAAUAGACGCCAAGACAUACUCUAUGGGUGGGACUUUUCGCGAAAGAGGCGAGCUGACAAUUACCGAUGGAGUGCGUAUGGGUGUGCUUUAUGAUUACGCCUAUGUCGCCGUGGCGUGUCCGAUCUCGUCUUUUUGGGUGGAGUGGAAUAUGUUGCCUAGGGUUGAUGCUUAUGAUAGCGAUCAGUUUGACGUGAGAGGAAAUUCCAAGGAGGACGGUCCGAUGGUGACGUUGCAUACGAGGCAUACGAUUCAAUGUUGUGUUGAUGAUGUGCCAGAUAUUCCUUGGCAACUGGAGAGUAAGGGGUACAAGAAGUUGGAUAUCCCUUCGUGGGACGAGGAUACAGUAUCGAUUGAACAUGCUUUCGAAUUGAACAAUCAACCGCUGUUGAACCGACUUGGUCAAAAUUACUUAGCCGUUAUCGAAGUCUCCGUCAUCGCUGGCUUGUCUUUGGGCUUUGUGACCAUGGCGUUGAGGGAUCCACUUUAUGCUGGAACCCUCUUCUCUGAGUGGGUUGUGCUCAUGAUCUUACUUGCAUUCUUGGCUUCCACGCCUGUCACCAACAAUGAUGAUAUCCUUCUCGACACCGGGCUUCAAGCCGUGACAUACUAUUGGUGA